AUGGAGGCGGGGUCAGGGCCCCCGGGAGGCCCAGGAUCCGAGAGCCCGAACAGAGCAGUGGAAUACCUGCUGGAGCUGAACAACAUUAUAGAGAGCCAACAGCAGUUACUAGAGACCCAGCGACGGCGCAUUGAAGAGCUGGAAGGCCAGCUAGACCAGCUCACUCAAGAGAAUCGCGACCUGAGGGAAGAGAGCCAGCUGCACCGCGGGGAGCUGCACAGGGAUCCCCUUAGUGCUCGGGAUAGCCCCAACCGCGAAAGCCAGUAUCAGAACCUGCGUGAGACGCAGUUCCACCACCGAGAGCUACGGGAGAUCCAGUUCCACCAGGUGGCUCGGGACGUGGGUUACCCAAACCGGGAUGGAGCCUACCAGAACCGGGACGCUUCCUACCCACUCCAGGACAGUACCUUCCCACCCCGUGAGCACGACAUGGCCCAGUGCCACCUGCACCAAGAAAAUCCAGUCCUAGGUCGCGAGCGUGGAGGGCGGGAUGCCGGGCCAGCGCACCCUGGCCGUGAGAAGGAAGCCAACUAUUCGGCUGCAGUAGGCAUAGGGUCGCGGCCACCACGGGAGCGGGGUCAGCUGAGUCGUGGCGCAUCCAGGAGCUCAAGUCCUGGUGCUGGUGGAGGCCACAGCACCAGUACCAGCACCAGUCCCGCCACAACACUCCAGAGAAAGUCUGAUGAUGAGAAUUCCAGAACCGUCAGUGUGGAGGGUGACGCCCCAGGCAGCGACCUGAGCACAGCUGUUGAUAGUCCUGGGAGUCAACCCUCCUACCGACUGAGCCAGCUGCCUUCCACCAGCAGCCACAUGGGUGGUACCCCUGUUGGGGUGGGCCUUCCCUGGGCUCAGCGGGCACGCCUCCAGCCAGCCAGUGUUGCACUGAGAAAGCAAGAGGAGGAGGAGAUAAAGCGCUCCAAGGCACUAUCGGACAACUAUGAACUCUCUACAGACCUGCAGGACAAGAAGGUGGAAAUGCUGGAAAGGAAGUAUGGAGGCUCCUUCUUGAGCCGCAGGGCUGCCAGGACCAUCCAAACAGCCUUUCGCCAGUACCGCAUGAACAAGAAUUUUGAGCGAUUACGCAGCUCAGCUUCUGAGAGCCGCAUGUCUCGCCGCAUCAUCCUUUCUAACAUGCGAAUGCAGUUCUCCUUUGAAGAGUAUGAGAAGGCUCAGAACCCCGCAUAUUUCGAGGGCAAGCCUGCCUCGCUGGACGAGGGUGCCAUGGCUGGUGCCCGCAGCCACCGGCUUGAACGUGGUCUCUCAUAUGGAGGCUCCUGCGGUGGGGGCAUUGAUGGUGGUGCAAGCUCUGUCACCACAUCUGGAGAGUUUUCUAAUGAUAUCACAGAGCUAGAGGACUCCUUCUCCAAACAGGUAAAGUCUCUGGCUGAAUCUAUUGAUGAAGCGCUGAACUGCCACACUGAGGAGCCUGGGUCAACUCAAUUAGAGAAGCGGGAAUCAAAGGAACAGCAAGACAGCUCUGCCACGUCCUUCAGUGACCUUCCUCUCUACCUGGAUGACCCAGUACCCCCACCAUCCCCUGAACGAUUGCCCAGCACAGAACCCCCAACCCAGAGUCGGCCUGAGUUCUGGGCACCAACCCCUCUCCCACCAGUUCCUCCACCAGUUCCACCAGGAACCCGGGAAGAUGGUAGUCGUGAGGAAGGCACUCGCAGGGGUCCUGGGUGCUUAGAAUGCCGAGACUUCCGACUGCGGGCUGCCCAUCUUCCUCUGCUCACCAUUGAGCCUCCUAGUGACAGUUCUGUGGACCUGAGUGACCGCUCAGAUCGUGGCUCUGUCCAUCGUCAGCUAGUGUAUGAGGCUGAUGGCUGCAGCCCCCAUGGGACCCUGAAGCACAAAGGGCCACCAGGCAGGGCCUCAAUCCCACACCGACACUAUCCAGCUCCUGAAGUCCAAACCCCAGCCCCUCCAGGGUCCCUGCCACCAGCCCCUAACAGUGGUACUGGACCCAGUGGUGUACCUGGGGGUAGGAGGUUGGGGAAAUGUGAGGCUGCAGGUGAGAACUCUGAUGGUGGAGAUAAUGAGAGCCUUGAAAGCUCCAGCAAUUCCAAUGAAACCAUCAACUGUAGCUCUGGCUCCUCUUCUCGAGACAGCCUACGGGAGCCUCCAGCCACUGGCCUCUGCAAGCAGACUUACCAGCGGGAGACAAGGCACAGUUGGGACUCACCAGCCUUCAACAAUGAUGUAGUACAGAGGCGGCACUACAGAAUUGGCCUCAAUCUCUUCAAUAAGAAGCCAGAGAAGGGUAUCCAGUAUCUCAUUGAACGAGGCUUCCUGUCAGACACACCAGUGGGUGUGGCUCACUUCAUCUUGGAGCGGAAAGGCCUGAGUCGGCAGAUGAUAGGAGAAUUUCUAGGGAACCGGCAGAAGCAGUUCAACAGAGACGUAUUGGAUUGCGUAGUAGACGAGAUGGACUUCUCCUCCAUGGAUUUGGAUGAUGCUCUCCGGAAGUUCCAAUCUCAUAUUCGAGUUCAGGGUGAGGCCCAGAAAGUGGAGCGUCUCAUUGAAGCUUUCAGCCAGCGGUACUGUGUGUGUAACCCAGCCCUGGUGCGCCAGUUCCGGAACCCAGACACCAUCUUCAUCCUUGCUUUCGCCAUCAUUCUCCUCAAUACUGACAUGUACAGUCCUAGCGUCAAGGCUGAACGCAAGAUGAAACUGGAUGACUUCAUCAAGAACCUUAGAGGAGUUGACAAUGGUGAAGAUAUUCCUCGAGAUCUCCUGGUUGGUAUCUACCAACGUAUCCAGGGUCGUGAACUGAGGACCAAUGAUGACCAUGUGUCCCAGGUGCAGGCUGUGGAGCGCAUGAUUGUGGGCAAGAAACCAGUCCUGUCUCUCCCUCACCGACGACUGGUUUGCUGCUGCCAGCUCUAUGAGGUGCCAGAUCCAAACCGCCCCCAGAGGCUAGGUUUGCAUCAGCGAGAGGUCUUCCUCUUCAAUGAUCUCCUCGUGGUCACCAAAAUUUUCCAGAAGAAGAAGAUCUUGGUGACAUACAGCUUUCGUCAGUCCUUUCCCCUCGUGGAAAUGCACAUGCAGCUCUUCCAGAAUUCAUAUUAUCAGUUUGGGAUCAAGUUACUGUCUGCAGUACCUGGUGGGGAGCGAAAGGUUCUCAUCAUCUUCAAUGCUCCUAGCCUGCAGGACCGGCUGCGUUUCACAUCUGACCUACGAGAGUCCAUUGCUGAGGUGCAGGAGAUGGAGAAGUAUCGUGUAGAGUCGGAGCUAGAGAAGCAGAAAGGUAUGAUGAGGCCUAAUGCUUCACAGCCUGGAGGGGCUAAAGACUCAAUGAAUGGGACACUGGUUCGCAGUAGCCUGGAGGACACUUAUGGGGCAGGCGAUGGGCUCAAACGGGGUGCCCUCAGCAGUUCUCUGCGAGAUCUCUCUGAGGCAGGGAAGCGGGGGCGGCGUAACAGCGUGGGAUCGCUGGACAGCACCAUCGAAGGGUCUGUUAUUAGCAGUCCACGCCCUCACCAGAGGAUGCCACCUCCACCCCCACCCCCGCCGCCAGAGGAGUACAAGAGCCAGAGGCCCGUCUCCAACUCCUCAUCCUUCCUGGGCUCCCUAUUUGGAAGCAAGCGGGGCAAGGGGCCCUUCCAGAUGCCACCACCGCCAACAGGCCAGCCCUCUGCCUCCUCUUCAUCUGCUUCUUCCACCCACCACCACCACCACCACCAUCACCAUGGUCAUAGCCAUGGUGGCCUGGGGGUGCUUCCUGAUGGGCAGUCCAAGCUCCAGGCCCUGCAUGCCCAAUAUUGCCAAGGACCAGGCCCUGCCCCACCCCCUUACCUCCCACCCCAGCAGCCCCCUCUACCCCCACCUCCUCAGCAACCUCCACCCCUACCCCAGUUGAGCUCCAUUCCACCACCUCCUGCUUCAGCCCCACCUGUGGGGCCACAUCGCCACUUCCAUGCACAUGGUCCAGUCCCAGGCCCCCAGCACUACACCUUGGGCCGGCCAGGCAGGGCUCCCAGACGAGGGACUGGAGGACACCCUCAGUUUGUUCCACAUGGCCGCCACCCUCUACACCAGCCCACAUCCCCAUUGCCCCUGUACAGUCCUGCCCCUCAGCACCCUCCAGCCCACAAACAGGGCCCCAAGCACUUCAUCUUCACUCACCACCCACAGAUGAUGCCAACAGCUGGGGCAGCUGGAGGACCUGGAUCUCGUCCACCAGGAGGCUCUUACUCUCACCCUCAUCACCCCCAGUCACCGUUGUCUCCACACUCACCCAUCCCACCCCACCCCUCUUACCCACCUCUGCCCCCACCCUCACCCCACACCCCACACUCACCCUUGCCACCCACCUCCCCCCAUGGACCACUGCACGCCUCUGGGCCCCCUGGUACAGCCAACCCACCCACUGCGAACCCCAAGGCCAAACCAAGUCGGAUCAGCACAGUGGUCUAA